AUGGCAAAGCUUAUCCUGUUCACCGGACUGGCAUUGCUGCUGAACGCUCAGAUAGGCUCUGCCUACGUGCUGUCAUGCUAUUUCACCAACUGGGCCCAGUACAGACCUGGACUGGGGAAGUUCAAGCCUGACAAUAUUGACCCAUGUCUAUGUACUCACCUGAUUUAUGCCUUUGCUGGCAUGUCAAACAACCAAAUUGCCACAAUUGAAUGGAAUGAUGUAACUUUGUACAGCUCUUUUCAAAACUUAAAAAAUCAAAAUGGUAACCUGAAGACUCUGCUGGCCAUUGGAGGUUGGAACUUUGGCACUGCACCUUUCACCACGAUGGUCUCUACUGCUCAGAACCGCCAAACCUUCAUCUCAUCUGUGAUCACAUUCCUGCGUCAGUAUGGUUUUGAUGGGCUUGACAUUGAUUGGGAAUACCCUGGCUCAAGAGGCAGCACUCCUCAGGACAAAGCGCUGUUUACCACUUUGGUUCAGGAAAUGAGGGCAGCUUUUGAGACAGAGGCUUCACAAACAAAUAAGCCAAGACUCAUGGUUACUGCUGCUGUGGCUGGUGGAAUUUCCAACAUUCAGUCAGGUUACCAGAUUCCACAACUGGCUCAGGCUUUGGAUUACUUCCACGUUAUGACCUAUGAUCUGCAUGGUUCUUGGGAAGGAUAUACAGGAGAGAACAGCCCACUGUAUUCUAACCCUUCUGCCACUGGUGCCAACUCUUACUUGAAUGUGGACUAUGUCAUGAACUACUGGCUUAACAAUGGUGCCCCAGCUUCUAAACUCAUUGUUGGAUUCCCAACUUAUGGACACACUUUCAUCCUGAGCAACCCAUCUAACACUGCUAUUGGUGCCCCUACUUCUGGAGCUGGACCUGAAGGACCUUACACUAGGCAGUCUGGAUUCUGGGCCUACUAUGAAAUUUGUACUUUCCUGAAGAAUGGAGCUACUAAUGUGUGGUCUUCGGCUGAAGAUGUCCCCUAUGCCUACCAGGGAAAUGAGUGGUUGGGAUAUGACAAUCAGAAGAGUUUCCAGAUAAAGGCUCAGUGGCUGUUGAAGAACAACUUUGCAGGUGCUAUGGUCUGGGCAAUUGAUUUGGAUGAUUUUACUGGUACUUUCUGUAACGAGGGCAAAUAUCCUCUGAUAUCCACACUGAAGAAUACUUUAGGCAUUCAAGCUUCUGGAUGCACACCACCUGCAGUUCCUGUUGCUCCAAUCACAGCUGCACCACAAACUGUGCCCAGUGGAGGUGGGUCCAGCGGAGGCUCAAGUGGUAGCUCAGGUGGUAGCUCAGGAGGUAGUGGAUUCUGCGCUGGCAAAGCCAGUGGACUGUACCCUGUGGCUGGAAACAAGAAUGCUUUCUGGCACUGCUUGAAUGGCAUCACCUAUGAACAAUAUUGCCAGGCUGGCCUUGUUUUUGACCCCAGCUGUGAGUGCUGCAACUGGCCAUCAUCUGUGUAG